AUGGCUCCUCCAACUUCAAGACUAGUAGUUCCCAUAGACCCAAGGAAGAAGCCAUGGGAGCAGAAGCAACCUCUUCACAAUCGUUGGCACCCAGAAAUACCGCCGGUCGCCGAGGUUAAAACCGGUGAGGUAUUCAAGAUAGAGAUGCUAGACUGGAUAGGAGGGUGCAAGACUGGUGGUGCCCAUAGAUUUGAAGAAGAAGCCACGAGAACAGAACUUCCCCUUCACAAACGAUGGCACCCAGACAUACCCCCAGUUGCAGAGGUCAAAGUUGGAGAGGUUUUCAGGGUUAAGAAGGUGGAUUGCAGUGGUGGUGGCAUUACCAAGGAGUACACUGCUGAAGAUAUCAAACAUGCUGACAUCUCUACUGUGAGUUUAUUUACCUUAUCUUCUAGGUCACUGUCAGCAUAUACUGAACUACUAAGCACACUUGGUAAGCACAAAACAUAA